CAACUUGUUUUGUUGUUGUUGCAGGUGACAUCUUGAGCGGUGUGUGCAACGUCGGUCUGUGGGACGUGGACGCGCUGCGUGGUUUCGUCCUGGCUCCCCUGUUCGUGUAUCUGGUGCUGGGCACUGUGUUCCUGCUGGCCGGGUUCGUGUCUCUGUUCAGAAUCCGCACAGUUAUGAAACACGAUGGCACCAAGACCGAUAAGCUUGAGAAGUUGAUGAUACGUAUCGGGGUUUUCUCGGUACUGUAUACCGUGCCUGCCCUCAUUGUCCUGGCCUGCCUCUUCUACGAGCAAGCCUACUUCGACCACUGGAUGCUGACCUGGAACAUGGAGAUCUGCUCUCGACCUGGUCAUCUUAAUAUCUAUUCAAUACCCUGCCCUGUCGGGGAAAGAAGUAGGGACCUUGGUAAGAAACCAUAUUUCGAGGUCUUCAUGAUAAAGUACCUUAUGGCACUUAUUGUUGGCAUCACGUCUAGCUUCUGGAUAUGGUCCGGUAAGACUUUUACAAGCUGGAAGGAAUUCUUUCACAAGAUUCGUGGAAGGCGCGUUGAAGCAUAUGUAUAGUUAUGACAGAAACGUGCAUGGUCUUCAUAAACAGAAACGAAACAAAAAGAACUGAAGUUUACCUUCUGCUUUAUUCAUUGUUAAACAUAUUGGGUUCCUCAGGAGCAUGGAAGCUGUAGACGCAUGAGGGCAUUGUGGAAUGCUAAUGAUAACUUAAACAGUGCGUUGUUUGUUGAAUGAUGAUAAACAGUUUUCUCUUUUACCGGUAUGACAGCAACAAGUCAUGUAAAUGAGCAGAAGUCGUCACAAUACAAGAGUGUAACGACAAUAUUGAAAGAAAUUUGCUGUGAAAUGUAGCUAAUUAAAACGCUGGUUCUGUGAGGCAUAUCGUCCAUUGUGUUUUGGAACUGUAAAGUGACACUGAUCUUGGUGGACGUCGCUACUCAUUUUUUUUUGUAAUAUAAUGAUACUCCUAAUGAAGAACGUAUUGUAAUACGUAUCUUGAAAAGUAUAGUGAUUUAUUCUUUUAUAGAGUACUUAUUUAUACUUACGUAAUUUUAAUUUCGUUUUUUUAAGGUUUAAGCUGUAUGUUAAAAAAUAUAAGUUAAUUAAAAUUAAAUGUAACUUAAAGACGACAGGAAAAUAUUUCCUCCAGACCAUGUCAGAGUGCGACGUAAUAAUUUGUGUUGUGUCAAUAUGCCGAAUUGUCUUUAUAUCUUUCAAUUUUAUUAUAAAUAUGCAAAUAAUUAUAACAUCAAAAUACCAUUUCUUGCUCCUAAACCAGUUUCCGAUAGCAUAAAACUUAAGGUUUUGUAAAUUAAAUUAUUCUGGAAAUUUUGGGUUUUGAGAUCCUGCAUACAUACUAAUGCGUCUAUACUUUCUAAUUAUUUAAGAUAUUCCUUCUCAAAUUAAUUACAAACAGGGCUUAAAAUAUAAGUAUUUUAACUAAAUACCAUGUACUAUAUGUUUACCAACUUCGUUCCAACCUCAUCAGAACUUGCCUCUAUUUUGUAUGAUCAGAUAGACCUAAGUUAUAAUUUGUUACGAGAUGUCCGAAACGUCUUCAGGUUAGUUUCAGAAUGCAGUUACGUCUAUAAUACUGUAAGUAGUCAGUAAGGAUUACACUGAACACUGGUAUUAAGUAAUGAUCCAUAACUGAGACUUUGUUGUGAAAAUUGCCUUCAUUGAAUCUUGCACCUUGUGUCUCACCACGCCGGGUCUUAAAAAAAAACUGAUUUAACACGAGACGAGAGAUGUGUAUAUCUUACUGUUGGCCACUUCUCCCAUGUUAUCAUUGUCAUUAAAUCAUCACAUUGCCAGUACAGUGAACAGUAUCAACUGAGGGUAACUUUUAUUUUGAAACAUUUAAGUACAGUAAACCUCGCUAAUCCGGAGUAAUUGGGAGAGACCAUACGGAAUAAGUGAUAAUCAGGAUUAAUGAAGCAAAAGAUAAAAAAUAGAACACAAAAAAUGGAAAAUUUAAUGAUAUAAGUAGUGCUGAUGAA